AUGCCAAUGCUUGCCAAUUUCACUGCUCUCAAUCUUUCGAAUAUCAUGGGAUCGAUGGACGGGCGGAUCGACCACGUAUCCCACAGUCAUUUUGUCGAUGAAGAUUUCGAAACUCUGACCAAAGCUUACAAAAUUGGAAACGUCAUACUUAUGGAUAUUCUUAGACAAUCUUUAUCGCAAUCGAUCAGGGAGAUUGGCGAGUGGCUCGCAUCAAUCCGUCUCUUACAACACAGCUUCCUGAUUCGAUGGCUUUUGGUGCGACCGGUGAUCAGUCAAAUGCAUAUGAUGUUGCUGAACUUAUAA